CGGAUUUCAAUUCAUUCGUGAUUCAAUUUUAUUUCCUUCCCUUCUUAUCUCUCCUUUUCGCCUCCCCCACUCCUCGCUCAACACCAAACCCAGCCCAAAGCGUCUUUCCUUAUCUCCUCACGCCGCCCCCCCAUCCCUAACCCUAGAGGUAACGCCAUGAAGGGAGGCAGAUCGAAGGCCGAGACGAAGAGGACGGAUGCCAAGCUAUCCGUGAAGAAGAGGGGCGCCGGUGCCGAGAAAGCCGGCAAAAAGCCUGCCAAGAAGGCCAAGGCUACCAAGGAUCCUAACAAGCCUAAGAGGCCUGCCAGUGCAUUCUUCGUUUUCAUGGAGGAGUUCAGGAAACAGUACAAAGAAAAGCAUCCUAACAACAAAUCUGUUGCUGCUGUGGGUAAAGCUGGGGGAGACAAAUGGAAAUCGUUGUCUGAAGCUGAUAAAGCACCAUAUGUGGCAAGGGCAGAGAAAAGGAAGACUGAAUACAACAAGAACCUCGAGGCUUACAAUAAGAAAAUUGCCGAGGGACCAGCAGAUGAUGAAGAGUCGGACAAGUCAAGGUCAGAGGUGAACGACGACGAGGAGGAUGAAGAGGAGGGCAGCGGAGAGGAAGAGGAGGACGAUGAUUAGGUGGAAGGCAAUGAAAGGUGUAUCCAAGCAAUCUGAGUAGGGUUUCUAUAUUACGAUAAAUAGUAUAGUAUGUAUUUUUUCCCCUUGGUGUUUUCUUCCUCUUUUUUUGGGUAAGCGAGGAAAGAAAUAUGUUCCGAACGUGAUGAAUCCCUCUCGUAUAUGGCUUAUGUAAUUGACGAUGUUUUCCGUGUUAAAUGAUGAAGCUAGGUUUUCUUGCC